AUGCCCCAAUCACUGCGUUCAGAUUCGACUGGGUUCAAGCAAGAGGAUUGGAAUAUCAAUACUGUCUCUGACUUGGCCCUCACUGACCCCCAAGGUCGCGUUGGAUUCAGAGGCCUUUUUGAAAAUAAAUUUCUACUUGGUAUAUCGCUAUUUUUGACUCUUGGAGGAUUCCUCUGUGGGUACGACCUAGGAGUCCUCAGUAAUGUGCUUGCUAUCGAGUCUUUUGGAGCGAAGUUCCCAGAGAUCUACACGAAUGGAACGCUGAAGGGAUGGCUUGUCUCUACAUUUGUGCUUGGCGAGUCAACGUGGCACACCGCAAGCAUCGGACGAAAAAUUAGCAUAAUAUGCAAUGCUGUAAUCUUUGCUCUUGGUAGUUCACUCCAAGCAUCUGCCACGUCUCCCAUUUACCUGUUCGCUGGUCGCGCUGUUGCUGGUUUGGCAAUCGGUUCUCUGACACAUGUCGUCCCAAUGUAUCUCGCUGAGAUAUCAUGCCCCCAAAUUCGCGGAUCUUUAAUUUCUCUGCAACAACUCGCUAUUACAUCCGGGGUUAUUGUCAGUUACUGGAUCACGUAUGGUACAUCACAUAUCGGGGGAACCCGAUGUGCUCUGGGAAUAUUGUACACCAGUGGGACGCUUCAGAACAUGCUUGCAUUCAAUCCUCAUACCGAUGUCCCGCAUGGCGGUUGCACUGGUCAAACACAAGCGUCAUGGAGAGUUCCGCUUGCAUUCCCAAUAUUGCCUGCCUUGUGUCUUGCUAUAGGAAUGUUCUUCAUGCCAUACUCGCCCCGUUGGCUCGUUGAGCAAGGCCGCGAGGUGGAUGCUCUGGCGACCCUGUCACGUCUUCGACGAAAACCUGCUACAAAUUUUUCGGUUCGCACUGAAUUCCUGGAGAUCAUGACUGAAGUUUGUUUUGCGAAAGAGGUCAUGGAAAUGGCAUAUCCUGAUGCGGGGCCAGUCGCGCAGGUAAUCAAUAAAUACCUUGCAUUGGUGUCUAGCUGGCCAAAGGCCAAGCGUAUAAUUGUUGGAUGCCUCAUUAUGAUGCUCCAACAAAAUAUGGGAGUGAACACACUUUUCUAUUUAGUGCCCAUGAUUUUCAGGCAACUAGGCCUUAAUCCCAAUACUACUACCUUCCUGAUUGCCACUGGGGCUUAUUCGAUUGUUCACACGCUCGCUACUUUACCUGCUAUCUUUCUUGUCGAUAGUGUGGGCAGACGACUUAUACUAAUAUCUGGUGCCGCUGGAUGUUUAAUUUGCCUUGCAAUCGUAAGUUCUAUCGCAAAUGUGUACGGCAAGGAUUGGCCAGCGCAUUUAGUAUCGGCUCGUAUUGCCAUUGUCUUCGUGUUUUUCUAUGAUGCCAUCUUCUCUUACUCGUGGGCUCCGAUGGGAUGGGUUGUUACCAGCGAGAUAUUCCCGUUGCACCUCCGGUCCACUGCUAUGUCCAUCACCACAUCGACGAUGUGGUCAUCGAACUUCGCGGCUGGACUCUAUGCGCCGACGACGAUGGAUCCAAGUGUGGGUGGGGUAGGGUACUACAUAUAUGUCGCGUCUUCUCUUGCCGCGCUACUCUUAGCCACAUUCUUUAUCCCAGAAACAAAGGGCCAGUCCUUGGAAGAAAUGGAUCUUGUGUUUCGUGAUAAUGCUACUGAUAGUCAGCAAAAACGCAAGAAGGGCAUUCGUCGGGAGCUUGGUCUGCAUUCACUGGGCGCACUGUAG